GCGGCUCGGUCACUGCGUGAGUACAACUCGCGCCUUGUGUUCCUAAAAACCAUCCACGCGUUACUCGCCUAGAAAUAAAUAACUAACUUUUUAAUAAAACAAUUCGUAAUUGGAACACUCGUCAAUUGUUCGGGACUCUAAAAGAAAUCCGUGUAAAUUUUUGAACAUCGUACUUUUCAACUAUCCGAAGUGUUUCUUGACCACGAUGGGCGUUAUAAAAGUGACUCCGGACACCGCGUCCCUCAUCUCGGUGUGCGAUAUGCUCGACGACAUGAAGAGUGAGUCGAGUUACACCUCUUCAGAAGACAGCUGCGGUGGCGGAGAACACCACGCGGUGCUGAGCUACGAACAAGUGAGGAGACUGAACGACGUCAUGGACGAAGUAGUCUCCAUCCACGGCAGGGGAAAUUUCCCAACACUUCACGUCAGGCUUCGCGAGCUGGUGGCUGGAGUGAGAGCCCGAUUAGAGGCCGCCCAAAGCGAGGGAGGCGCAGGGAUUUCUGUCAGGGACGUGCGUCUUAACGGAGGAGCCGCGAGCCACGUCUUGACCGACCACCCACAACCCUACUCAGACAUAGACCUGAUCUUCACCGCGGAACUUCCCACCGCGCGCCACUGCGACCGCGUUAAGGCCGCAGUUCUCGGACAUCUCUCCACACUCAUGCCGGCUACCACAACGCGCCGUCGCGUCCCACCCGCAGGACUAAAGGAAGCCUACGUCUCCAAAAUGGUGCGCGUAAACUCCGAUGGCGACCGCUGGUCACUUAUCUCUCUCGGUAACUCCCGAGGACACAAGUCCGUCGAAUUGAAAUUCGUUGACACGAUGCGCAGACAGUUCGAAUUCUCGGUUGACUCAUUCCAGAUCGCUUUGGAUUCGCUACUGGCGUUCCACGAGUGCGCUCAGCUCCCGAUAGGAGAAAACUUUUACCCAACUGUGGUAGGCGAAUCCGUAUUUGGAGACUUCAGUGAAGCCCUCCUCCAUUUGGCAGAAAAAUUAAUCGCAACUCGGCAACCAGAAGAAAUCCGCGGUGGCGGUCUCCUCAAAUACUGCGCCCUGCUGGCGAAGGGUUAUCGGCCGGCGCGACCGGACAAGAUCAAAAUCCUUGAGCGCUACAUGUGCUCAAGAUUCUUCAUAGAUUUCCCGGAGCUCGGACAACAGCGUACGAAGCUCGAGGCAUACUUACGGAACCACUUCGUGGGGCGAGAAGAAGAGACGCUAAAGCACAGGUACCUGACGCUGCUGCACGGCGUGGUGCGGGAGUCCACGGUGUGCCUGAUGGGACACGAGCGGCGGCAGACCCUGGCACUGAUAGAGGCGCUGGCGUGCCGCGAGCUGUGCGCGCGCACGCCCAUGCUGGUGCCGGGGAUGGGGCUGGCGAUGCCCGGCAUGGCGAUGGCGCCGCCCGGCUACUACGUGUGCGUGUGCGCCGCGUGCGCUGCGUGCGCCGCGUGCGCCGCUUGCGCGUGCUGCGACUGCUGCCGGCCCGCGCUGUGCCCGGCGUGACACCCCGACUGCGCUCCGACCACGAUGAAUUUAGUGCCAAAUGUAUAUAAUAUAUGUAUAUGUAUAUGAUGAAAUUCCACGCUAUGUACACGCGUGAUGUAUAUACUGUGAGAUUCCGCGCUACAAUGACGAUUCUAAGCGAAUCGGCCCGGCGUUCUCGGCGUCAAUUGGAUGUUGCUCACUCUACUUUGAUCAAUUCUCGUCAAUUCGUGCGAUCGCCACCGUCUCACUCGCUGAAGAACGUAGCGUAAAGUCUACCCAUCAGAUCAGAUCAAACCCCUUGCACCAACCAGCGAUGAACUACGCCAGUCUUGAACUAAUUUGACAGCCUUUAAAGUAAAGCAUACUUUCAUUUGGAACAGAGAGCACUACUUUGAGACUUAUCAGUUUAGUUUAGGAAUUGUGUUUAAAUGAAUUGGCACUAUUGGCUGAACUUAUUGUACCCACUGUUUUAGCCAGUAGUAGGAUGCAUUUAUCGCUUUCAAAGUUCGGUGCUAGGGGUGUACCGCACCCGGACACGUAUCGGAAGUGCCCGGCACUUAGACGUGAGGUAAUUUCUAGUCGUACUCCUCUCGUGUUGACGCGUUAAUAUGUUAGCAGUACGAAAAUUAUUUAAUUCACGUGAUGGCACACGACGUUAACAAGUCGAUGGUCAGCCUUUGGAAAGACUAGUUAGUUAUUUUUAAGCUUCUUAUGUAAAGAUUAAAGAUUGUUCCCAUUAAUGUAGUGGCAUGUCUCUCUUUAAACGAAGUAGCGUUCUUCUAAGUGAAUACAAUAGAUACGGAGCUUACGCACACUAAGACAAUGUGCAUAAGCGUAGUCUACAACCCUAGCGGAACGGUCUUCGUGAGAUAGAUCUACUAUAAAUGAAUCACUGAAGCUAAACACGGACGUGGAUUCGAAGUUACAAGUUCUCUAUGUAAGUAAGCCAUUGUACAUGACGACUUUUUGAUCGCGCAGUCGAUACACAAGACCGUGAUACUGUGAGACGUGAUUAUGUAUGUAAUGCCGAUUUGUGACAUCAAAAAUGGUUUUGACACCAAUCCUACAUAUCUAUAGACUGUAUGACCUCAUAAAUCUCAUAAAAAAUCAAGGUAAUGGAUUGGUAAAAUGAAAACAUAUCGCAGAUAAACCGUAACUACGAACAAUUAAAUAAUUAUAGCGUUCAACCUAUCAUGAGUAGUCAUAAUGCUCACUUACAAAGGCGACUGGAUUAAGAGCUUACUCUUGAUCUAGUCGGACAUCCUCCAAAGAUAAUACGCAUGAGUUAAGUUACAUUGCUUAUGUUUGAAAGUUAAAACGGUCUACAAGAGAAAAUCAAGAAAACAAAGACAGGCUACAUCACAACGUGCGAUCGUGGCUCACUGAGCUGCGACUAACGCGGUUCCAAUGCGCCCAAAAAGUCGUUGUAUGCGAAGAAUCUAAAAUAUAACUCAUGACCACUGACGUAAUAUACGUCAAUGCUCAUGACCGAAUCCGGCCUAAGUUAUGGCCUUCAUAAAGUAAACGAAGUCCGUUCUAUAUGUUUUUUAAACAAACUCGUGCGAUCGUUAUCACCUCAGAUCCGGCAGUGUGAUUCUGUACACCAUACUCUUCUAAAUAAUUUGUUUUUAUGUUACACAUUAGUGUUGAUAGACAGGCUUCCAACGAAACCUUCUAUAUUUAUUAAGUUAUUGUUUUUUGUUAAUGCCAAAUUGUUUAUUUCGGCAUGCAACGAAAUGGCGGGUAAGCAUGCGCCAUAUUCAAAAUAAUUUAUUAAAAAAAUGUUUUAUUGCAUAUACCUACUACUAUACUACCUAAUACACAUUUAAGGCAUAAGAAUCGAAAUCGGCCUGUCUCAAUAAUAAUCUACUUCCUGAAUUUGGAUAACUUAGCGCCUAUAAUGCACCGACCGAAAUCUAUAUCGAUACGUUUAAAAACAACCAUACAUCGUACAGUCUGUUAGUGAAAAGUACUUGGAGUUACAUUUAGAGUAAUGGAAGAUGGGGUAUGUAUAGUUUGUAUGAAUAUGCGAUAUGGUGGGCAUUGCUUAGUUCAUAUUGCAUGUAACAUCGUAAAGAUUUUCAAUUUUUUUUGUAAAAUAGCAAAUAAAAGUCACACUAAGGUACCUACCUACACUACUAUCCGAUACAUUUUUACGAGAUGAGAGUAUAUGAUUCCCGCUGCCAGAUCCCGGCCUAUAAACCAGAAUGGUUUGAGAGGUGGAGAGAGUAAACUAUAGUUCGAAUGAUGUUACCCGAGUAUAAGUUCUUGAGCUAAAAACCGUAACGCCGAAGUUUCGUUAAUCCGUCAUAGUUUGCAGAUCGUUUACUUGGUUAUAAGAUGGUCUCACUAUAAAAUCAAAAAAAUUAAUUCUUCUCUCUUCUUCUUGAUGUUUGAUUUUUUUUUUUAAUACACGAAUCAGUUACGUAAUUAAAAAACCUAUUCGAAUCAUGAAUUCAUAAUUAACCUAGGAACGUAUUUCGAAUGUUUUUAAAUUCUUGUUAUAAUUAAAAUGUUACUUUUUCACACGAAAGUCACAGGAUCAGUUUUUCAGUGAUAGUUUACACGUAUUUCUGCGUUACGUUUAUUAACUUGAAAAUGUAUACCAGCACAGACAGCGUCGCACUUGUUUCGUUUAGUACUGGGUGCCUAGUGUGAGAUUCCCUGCCCAUUCAUAAAGAGCACCAUCUAGCGAUAAAACUGUUUUAUUUACCACUAUUUAAACUAGAUGGCGCACUUUGGAUUCCAUACAAAUCUUAGUUAACUUUCACGCGAUCGAAUAGGUAGAAAACUUCACGCUAGGCACUCGGAUCGAACGGUUCCGACCGUCACUUCGGAUUAUGAGAAAAACUAUUUUACUAUUGUAUUUAUUAAAUCUGGAUUCGUAUGUACACACUAACACCCGGAUUCGCUAACAUUACUUUGAAGUCUCACAGUGUGGGGUCCAUCAACCAGAUUCUGAAUAUGUGAAACCUACACUGUGCGUUCAGAUGGACUGUUAUUAUAGUAAUCCAGAUGUUAUUCUACGUGAUUGCUCUAGUAUUGUAUACGGCUUGGCGUAAAGUAACAAACUAAGAUAAUUUUAAAUGAACUAUAGAAAAAAGAAAAAAAUCAAAAAAAAAUAUAUAUAACUAAGAUGUGUACAAUAUUAAAGAUCACUUAAUAAUAAAAAAAUACCAUAUAUAAGGGUCUAUUCAGACAUAUCAAAGUCAGUGUAUUAAUUAAUCUGUCAGGGUCAGAGAUAAAAAUUACAAGCAUGUUAAACGAUAUUUGUCAGUGUCAAUCGAACCUUGGGUGUCGACCACCCAACCCGGAGUGUGCCUUGACGUACGCUUGCUACUUCAGUUCUCGAUGGUCACCAUCCUCACACUGGAACGUCUGAAGUAAUUCUGAAUUACCGCUAGUUUUAGAGCUAAAACAUAACAUAAGAGCUAAAACACUAUUAAUGAUGUGUUAUAUAAAGGUUAAGCUUGUAGUAUGUGCUUUAGCCGUCAUCAGCAAUAAUAGACAUGCUAAUACGUAGUUGACUUACGUCCUUGUCGGAUUUAACAGUUCCAGGAACGCCGGACUCUGAUAUGUCGAGGUAAACCCUAAUAAAUAUUUUAAGAACAUUUACAAGUUAGUGGAGUCUAUAGUAACUGAGUACUUAGGAGCGUUUUUAAUUCUUAAAUACAACAGUAUAUUGUAUUCAAAUGUGAUUUUAUUGUUGUAGUGGUAAUUUAAUGUUGUCGACGAUUAUAUACAUAUUACAUAACAAUAUAACAUAGUUACAUUCAAUAGAGAUAUAUCAUAUUGUUGUAUUUUAACUAUAUAUAGAUAUAUGAAUGAAAGUGUCCGGCCAGCACAUGCAUGUGUAAUACAGGGUGAGUUUUUUUGUUUCAUUUAUGCUAACUGAAAAAGGUUAUGUUUAUUCUGAAAAGCAUCUAGAGUUUCUUUUGUAGCGUGUAUAAAUGAAGAGUUUUUAAUUUUUAAAAAGAAAAUCUAAUGUAGACAACAUAAAAAAUUAUUGAUGGAGUUGCUACAACUUUUCUCCUGUUAAUAUCUAUAAAGUAGAUUAUUUUGAUGCAAUCAAAUGAAAAUUAUAAAUAUAAAACUAAAUUUUGCAGUUUUACGCAUAUUCAAGUGGAGAAAACAACGCUAUCAAGAGAAUAGAUGAAUAUAUGAGAAUAUAUGUUUGCUUAAUAAACUAUAGCGUUAUUCCGUUCGAGAGGAUUAAAAAAAAUAGAAGCUCUCUCGUACGCAAUUAACAGCACGAAUUUUAGAUGAAUUUUACGAAUAAACCGGUUAAAAAAAUCUAUUGAGAUAUCUUUAAAAAAACUGAUCCUGUAUAUUUGCCAGUGCGUUUUAAUGGUAAUAUUCUUAAAAAGCAAAGCAUGGUGCGAAGCUUAGUUCUUUUCGCGUUAAGCUGUAUUUAUUCAGAGUAAUAAAGUACAAUCAAGCUUGUAGUUUGUUUGUGGUAGUAACUACUUACUUCUUUAAGGCUGCUAAGUGUAUUGAAAUACUUUUACUUGCUACAGAUGUGUUAAAAUUAGACCUAUAUUACGAAUUUACCUCUUACUAAAUUCUUUACAAGUAAUCUAUAGCCUUCUACUUUAAUUGUACAGCCCUACUACAGGUUACGUAAGAAACUACAGUUUCAUACAAAUAUUUAACAAGCUAGCGUGUAAACUAAACGUUUACAUAACUUAAUGUUCGUAACAAUGAACGGUGUUAAAUAAAAGAAUUUUCAGAUUUGCCCACUUGUCGAACCAAAAUUUAAAGAUCUCAUUUUUUCAGAUUUUUUUUAGUUGGAACGUUGAUUUUGAUAAGCGGCAAUCACUUUUUGCGGAUGUUUAUUUUCCGUUCUUACGAUUCAAGUUCUCACUAUAGUUGGCCUGCUAUCAACUCUUUAUUUGACGAUUCAGUACUUAACAUUUUUUUUUUUCGAAUCGUGAAGUUGAUAACUACUACAUAACAGAGUUCUCAAUUUAGGGUUUAAUAAAAUUUAUUUAAGUUUUUUCAUUUUCAAAAGACAUUACACCAUUAAACAAAAAUGGAGUUUGAUUUAGAUAUAAACGGAAUCGUAAUAGUAUUUGGCAGUAGGUUAAAUUUUGGUCUAAGUUUUUGAAAAGAAUUAUUCCAAAUUUUUACAAUGAUAUUAUAAUAAAUGCAGAAUGUAUGAUUAAAAAAUGUUAAUCCACCACUUAACUUUUUGUGGGUAGAACAAAUUAUAGAAAACACUAUCAGAGCCGGCCUACACCAUGAGCUAAAAACCUGAAAUGAAAAUGACAAAAAUAGCUUCUUUUCCUUUCUUUUGGCCAAAACAAUCUUAACCAUAGUUACGUUCAUUUGUACUUAGUAAAUUAAUUAAGUACAUAAAAUGUAGUAGGAAAUUAAACCUGUGUACAAUUUCCAUAUGUCAUGAAGGAGAGAAUAAGGUCACAUUAUAGACUUUUCGUUACAACUCUUUUAAAGUUUUUUACACAAACUAAACGACACGAUUGUGUAGUUUAUUUGUUUAUAUAAAAAUGGACUAUAAAAAUAGGUCAUAAUCGUAUAUACCAUCAGAAACUUAGGUCCGAUUUCUCAUAUUGAAAUCAUACUUUAUCAGAAUCGAUAGUAUGACCUUGCUCUGAGUUUAUUAUCAUCAGGAUGACUUGCUACAUCGAGACAGGCAUAUAAGUUGUGAUUCAUGAUCUUUUUAACGAAAUAUUUUAAACAAUCUUUUAUUAUUCUUUUAUAUGGGCUUAAUUUUACAAGAAAUAUUAUUAUGUAUAAUGUAUUUUCAACUCUAUAUCAUUACUAUUUUAAAUCAUCUGAGCUUCAUAACGUAUGUAUUAUAAUGUUAUAAUAACAAAUAUUAAACUGGUUUAUAUUAAAAGAAACGAGUUCUUACUUGCUCGACUAUAUAUUCUUAUACGACAGAUAUUUUCAAUUUUUAAAACUUAAUGUUAAAACUUUGUAUUACUUGUGAAAUUAAGUCAACACAAAAAUCUGUGAUUAUAUUUAGUAGAUCAUUUUUUGGCGCUAGCUCUUCAACUACCUCCUUAUAUGAACGAAAAAGCUUCCAUUAUAAAGCGAUUUUAUAUUUUUGCUAUCAUACUUUGCUUAGAAUAAGAAUUGAAAAGUCGAGUAAAAAUGAAGUGGCUAAAUGUUAUAACUAUUGCGGUUAGCCGGUCAAUCCACAUUAAAGCAAUUUGGCUGGUCAAAGGUUUGUGCCCCGCAUUGAUUUUGUAUUUUUUUUGUAAAACUCUUAUCAAAAGGAAGGAUUAAACAUUACAACAAGGCUGCUUAAUAAAGCAUGUGUUUAAAAGCUUCAUACCGAGUUUAAAUAUGUUUGUAUACAGACGGAUUUCUCUAAAAUUUCUUGGUUGUAUGUAAUUUUUUUUCGAUAGAGAAUGUGUUGCAAUUCCAUUACCGCUUUGUUAACUUUGAUUAUGUAGCUCUUCAACUACUCUCAAUAAACGGUAUAAUCGUGAUUAAAUUUUACAAAAUUGUAAUAGUUAUGGCAAAAUAUACUGUCAAUCUAAAAAACUAAACCGUUGUCAGAAAAUUUACAGAGCUAUUUUGAUUUACUUAUUAUAGUUUAAAACUAUCUUUUCAUUUUCAAUUUUAAAUUAAUUUAAAAAAAUGUACCCACUGUAUACGGAGUAACCUUUAACUGUAUAUUUUUAUCUCAUUUAAUAAUGCCGAUCGUAGAAAAGACACUAUUUAUCCAAGACCUUCAAAUAAAUUGAAUCAAAUGUGGGAGAAGGUAAUAACUACUCUCUAUACUUUUAGUACUUUUUAAAUCGACCAUUUCUCAUUACCGCGACUAUGCAACGCGAUGUUUAAAGAAUACAAUGAUGUGUAAUCUUUUUGGGUUCUGUUCUGUUCUGAAGAUCAACCAGGGCAAAUGACAAUCGCAUCUGUCACGGUCAAUUGCAAGAACGUAAACUGUAUAAACAAACUGUAAACUGUAAAACUGUGAAGGGGAACAACAGGUUUUUUUGUAGUUUUUCUGACCAGUAUACAAUUUUCAAAUAUCGUAUUGUUAUGACGAGACUUGCAGAGGAUGUUACCACCAUACCGCUAAAGACGUGCCGUGAAACGUUUCAGCGUUCCGGUACGCUGUCGUGUAGAAACCUAUUAUAGAUACACCCUCUACCAUCACAGACUUACUACAGGUGAGACUGCAUUGAAGGGCUACCUAGUAAAGGAAUAAAAAAAAUAAAAAGUGAGUAAAACUUCCCACGUCGCGUUUUGUGUAUUAUUCUUAAACAGAUCGGCGUUAUUAAGUAAGCUCGGUUGUAGGUGCUUGUCUGUAAACCAAGCUCUCCCUAGUACCAGUUUUUGUGACUUGUAGCUUCCAGUAACGGUCUAAAAUGAACACCAUAUUUGUGUUUACCGAGAGACAUUGCAACAUAGGUUAGAGUUUUAUUUUUUCUAUAGUUACCAUCAGUUUUCAGCUAGCCUAAUAUUAAUUGUAUUUUUUAAUUAUUUCUAUUUUAUUCAUUGGUCUGAUGGCGCUUGUGUUCUUAGCCUAGUGCCUAAAGAAAAAAAACUGAUAUAGAUUUGCAUAUGGCCUUAAUUCAUAGCGUAAUUGAAGAUACCUAUUUUAUUAUUCCUUAUAAAAGAAAAAAAAUGCAUGUUACAUAAAAAGCAUGCAAAAAGUGUUAAAAACACGUAAAAUGAAUUUUAGAAAAAUAAUAAUAUUUUUCGAGAAAAAAAAACGCAAGCGCCUGAUUUUGUUUACUUCGUUGUUACAAAAAUAAUGUGUUUAGAAACAACAAAUUCGAUAUUAGUGUUCAGCUUUAGUAGUAAAGUAUUUAAGUUCUAUGUAUGUUAAAUAAAAGAUCAUUUGCUAGUCACAGCUGUUAGUGGCAAAACACUGAUCAUAAUUUUAAAUUUUACUUCAGUCUGUUAUCUUAAAGUCUGUGGAACACCAAAAAAAAUAUGAGCCUUAGAGACACAGGACGUUUAUCCUUGGCUAAGGCUUGUUUUACAUUUUCGUUACAGGUUUGUCAACCUGAAGCAAACGUGUAAAUAGCUAAAUAAACCUCAAAAUUACAUCUCUAAAAUUAUAAAUUAACCUGUGUUUUUGAAGUUGGUUUAGGCCGUAAAUUCAUCGUAAAAAUAGUAUUGCUGUACCACAGGGAGCACUUUUACGACCUUUAUUAUUUAUUAUGUUCAUUAUUAGCUUAAAUGUUUGCUUGUUCUUUAUCUUUCUUCAUUGAGCACAAUAUAUAUCGGUGAAACAGCACAAUAAAUACACAGUUUUCUCAAUAUAUUAUAGGCUUGUGUGCGCUAAGCCUAAUUCAAUAUGUAAACAGUUUCCAUUUACUUUUUGGCAUUGUUUUCCAAUUAGAUAGCUUGCGUCAAAUCCACGUAACAGAUGACCUUAAUGCAAACAGACCGUCACGAUUUUAUUUAUUGGUUUCGUAUUAUACGAUGGAAGAACAAACUGUAUCUAAUUGCUUUUGUUUCUAUAGCUUUGUUAAAAACGUUUAUUUUAAUAUCGAACUUGUUGUUUCUAUCAUAGUUAUUAUUGGUACAUAUUUAAUUUAUUUUAGGCCUAAUAUCUAUGUAAUCUUUGAUUCUUAGUUUUACAUUAUCUUCAUCACAAACAUUUAAUCGUUUACUGUUGUUCUUGAACUUAUCGUGUUUUGAGAAUUGGUAUUUUAAAUGAAUUGCCAAAAGUACGUUGCGUAAGGUCGUCAGACGAUCGUUGUCAAUACGUACUUUACCUUCUGCUUUUUUAUCAAUGCUGAUAUCAAACGGGAGAGAUACUAAUUAAAUUGGUCACUAUUAACACACUAAGCGAAUUUUAAUUCAUGGCAGUUUAUACGAUACAAUUUAAUCUUCUCACGACAGCUAAGUAAGCACCUUCGAAAGUUCGGUUUUAAUUGUUCAUUAUUAAUGAGUUAUGGGUUUUUUUAUGACCGUUUGUAAUAUGACGCUUCAGUAGGUAUUAAAAACAUAAUUCCGUUCACAAAUUGCGCAAUCUCUUUCCAAAUUGCAGACAAUUGUGAUAGUGAUUCCCAUUAUAGUGGGAUUGAGUAAAGGCAAUUCAAAUUCUUUUAUUCUUAAACUCACUAUUGGCUUCUGCUGUCACAAUCACAACCGUCGUUGCAAGUGCAUUGUGUAACUACUCAUCUUUAACUACUUGAUAUUGGGCCUCUAAUAUAUAUUGUAUGGUCAGCAACAAAAAAAAAUAUACUAAAAACUCGUUUAAGAACCUCGCUCUUUUCGCAGACUGCAAUAACAACAUUUAUUGCAUUGAUAAUUUUUGAAAGUUUACUUAAAACUAAAACUUUUGUUAACGAGGUUUUGGUUGACCAGUACUGUCUUAGGCUACUAACUGACGCCGAGUCAUAGAAAUAAUCAGUGUUAUUAAUUAAUAAAAAAAUUGGAGAUUAAUGAUUUUUGUUGCUGACGGUACAUAAGUACCAAGAACAACGCAUGUCGCGCACCUCGCUCAUAUGUUAAAAGCGAGUUCGUGACAAAACGACUCUCUAGUUAAGGGGACGCUAGCACAUAAUUCCUUAAGUUGUAUACAUAAGCUUAUUAAAUAGUUUUUAUCAAAUAUAUUUACUGGAUACAUGAUGGAAUUGAAAAGCGUCCGAAGGUAGAUAUUUUCUUAUGGUAAAAUAUAUCAAAAACCUGAUACUGUUAUUAUUACUAUUUCGCCUGGUGAAAAAAAUAACAAAAACAUAUAGACAGCUAUAUGUUUUUGUGAUACAGCUGUAAUUUUACCUCUUACUGAUAACUUUUCGUGAGAGUUGCAAUGACUCAAUGGUCAGAUUAUAUUUUAUAAUUACAAUAUAAUAUGUGUUGUUAAACUUGAACUGAUUUAAAUAGUUAUUGUUUUAAAACAUUAUAGUUUUAUUGUUCACUCUCUCGUGCUUUUUGGUAGGGCAAAAAAUAUUUAUGUAAUAUUUUCACCAGGUGCGCGGUUUUAGUGCCAGUAUUAAGUUUUUGUGAUGUGUUGUGCAAUAAAAAAGUAAUCGCCCACGGGCGCUUAUCGUUUGCAGCUUGUAUCAUUUACAUUUACUCGUAUAGAUAUUUUUCUCUCUCUUCAGAGUUGCCCGUUUUGUGUAACAACUAAAACUAGCGGCGACGCAGUUGUUGGGUGACAUAAGGAUGAUUACUAUAAUUUUAUUAUUAUUAUAUUUGUGAAGAGUUUUAAGCUAUUGUAAAUUUUACAGAAAACUAAAUAAAAAUGUUGUGAAAAUAAAUUAUAAAAAAGUGAUAAACAGUGAA